AUGGCCGCCAACUCACAAGGUAUUCAAACGCUUCUUGAAGCAGAGAAGGAAGCUGCCAAAGUAGUUCAAAAAGCUAGACAAUACCGAGUACAGAAGCUGAAAGACGCAAGAUCCGAAGCUGCAAAGGAAAUUGAAGCUUACCGUGCUCAAAAGGACGAGGACUUCAAAAAAUUUGAGAAAGACCACACCUCUCAAACCUCAUCGUCCCAAACAUCCAUCGACAGUUCAACCAACACCCAACUUUCCGACCUUGACAAAGCAGUAGACAAGAACAAAGAUGAUGUGAUUAAGAAGAUCGUGGAGAGGGUAUUGGCAUCUGAUCCAAAGUUACAUGUCAAUCUCAAGAAGAUCGAGGCUUAA